AUGAGUGACGACGCAGCUGCGAAGCGCGAGGCACGCAAGCGAAGGAUUCUUGAGAAGAGUGGCGACCGCUUGUCGCGAAUCACUAAUACGGGACGCGGCAAAGAUUAUGAGGGUCUUGAUACCAAACCGAUCCCCGGUAUGCCUUCACGUGGCAUCAGUGACACGGCGGAUGCUUUGACGGGCCCGACGCCUUCAGCCGCUUUGAAGAAUGAAGAGCCGCCUGCACAUGAUGCUAGUGAUCCAUUUACCUCCAUGAUGGCCGCGAUGCAGUCACGCAUGGGCGCACAGGAACAAGGAUCCGGUGCUAGUCGUGGUGCUGACGGUAGCAACGACAGCAACAUGCCUUCAGACCCGAUGGCUCUGAUGCAGCAGCUACUAAGUGGGAGUGGUAUGCAGCAGCCGGGUGCGAUGAAUAACGGAGCAGGGGAUGCAUCUAACCCACACACUAUGAUGCAAGUGAAAGAGGCACGGCGCAUAGAGCGGUCAGUUCGGCGAGUCAAACUCUUGCAAGCGACACUCGUGUUCCUCUUUGCGUUCUAUAUCGUGUUCUCAUCGAUCUUUUCGCAUGCACAUGACACAGGUCUGACGGGUCGAUCCAUUCCGACCGAGUCCAUGUCUGAGUUCUCGCGCGAGUCGUUCCAGAAACAAUGGGCCUCACUUGCAUGGGAGUACACGCCCAUAAGUGCGUGGCUUAGUAAGGAUGAUCCGUCAGUGUUCCCUUGGGGUGCAUUGCGCACACCGUUGGAUUCACUCCGGCCUUAUAUUGGCCAUGAAACUCUAGGCAAAGAGCUGCCAUCGUGGCCGAUCUUUUGGGUGUUUGUAUCUAUGGAAAUGGGCCUGCAAGGUGUGCGGCUUGCCAUGCUGCAGCGCAUGCCUGUUUCGCUACCAGGUGGUCUCAAGUCGGUUAUAUCGGUAUAUGCACCAGGCAUUCAGCGACUACUAACACCUGCCCUGACUCUACUGUCAUUGGCCAGUUCACUUGUCGAUGAUCUGUGCAUUCUACUGUUUGCUAUUGGCACAGGUGUGCUUUUUUGUCAUGUACGGACAGACAUGUCGUAA